ACUCAUUUUCUAGCCCUCUUUAAUCUUUCCCCUCCAAAAAGAGCUAACAUGUCCUUGAUACCUCGAAAUCGCCCUCGAGUUAUUGUCAAUGGAGUCCAGAGAAUGAGAACAUACCAUUACUACUGGUGCAGACAUUGCCAAAGAUCAAUCAGGACAACUUCAGCCAAUCCAUUUGAAAUUCUAUGUCCUACUUGUUUUGGCCAAGUUCACUAUGAACUUGAUAUUACAAGGCCUAGGCUAAUACUUUCUGAUGUCACAAGGCUACAACUACAACCAUCCUGGAAUUCUCGCCUUCUUGAUGCCUUGACACUCAUGACUGAUCCAUCAAUCAGACAACAAAACAAUAAUAGUGAUCAAAAUCAUCGGACUAGACAACGUGCUCGUGUUAUUCUCCAAUUUAUAGGCCCUGAUGAUCAACCUAUUAGACCUGUCUCUCCUCAUGAAAACGCGCUUUCUUUGCCAUUCAUUCAAGAAUUGACUCAGAACGAUAGGCCAGGGCCGCCUCCAGCGCCAUCUUCAGCAAUUGAUGCAUUGCCAAGAAUUGUGCUAAAUGCAAACCAUUUGGAAAAUGACUCUGUUUGUCCUGUUUGUAAAGAUGAGGUCGAAGUUGGGAUAGAAGUUAAAGAACUUCCUUGCAAACAUUUUUAUCAUUCAGAAUGUAUUGUUCCAUGGCUUAGAAUGCAUAAUACUUGUCCGGUUUGUCGAUAUCAGCUAGAAGGUUUCUCAAACAAUGAAGAGCAACAUGGAUACACAAAUGAAUUCAAUGAAGAAGAAGAGGAUAACAUGAGGAAUCCUCUAAUAUGGGGUUGGACUCAGCUUAUUUCCCUUUGGCCUUUUAGUUUGCUAUCAAGUUGGAGACAGAGAUAUUUUAACCCUUUUGAGACUACAACUUCUGGUUUUCCCAGAGUGAGAGCUUGGUGGAACCCUCGGAUUUUUCCUUGAUAUUGGUUGCGGCUGAAUUGGUUCCAUUUAGAAAAUGUACAGAGUAGUUUGUUUUUAUCAUUCUUUGCUUCAUUGGGCACUUAGCAGGUAUGUUUACAACUCAACUAUAUCAUUAUGAAUCUGCGGAUGAAAUGUAGCUGAGAAUGGAAUCAAAUUAAAGGAUUAGAGACUCAGAAGGUAUGUGCCUAUCAUACCCCCCCACCCCACCCCCCACAAAAAAAGGCUAUAAUUUAUAUGUGCUGACAAUGUAAAGAACUUUAUAUUAUCAAUGUAAUUUUACUGGCCUUAAUUCUAUUUUCUAGGUUAUUAUAUCAUACUGCUAUGAAGAGUUACCUGUUAUUAUAGGUCAACUUAAAAAAGCCGAAUCAGUUAAUACUUAGGGUAUGUUUGGUAUGAAGGAAAAUAUUUUUCGAAAAAUAUUUUCUAAUUUUCUCAUAUUUGGUGGGGUUAAAUG